AUGAGGCGAACCGCGCACUUUCCGCCGGUAACUGUUGUCGUGUUUCACGACGAUGGAACCGGUCAGGCUUGUGACCAGUGGGCGCAACCGGGUGCGUGGGACAACGUCUCGUUCAUCCAAGGGCUUCAGGCCAAUUUGGGGGGUCAAGUCCCGCGUCUUCUUCCCUUCCCCUAUACUCCCGCCAAAGUGGGGAGCUUGGCCCCAGGGUCUAAUCGGGAGAAAGCUCCUAUGCUAUACCACCACUUAGAUUACCUUGCCAGCUACGGUCUCAACAAAGAUGAUUAUGAGUAUUGUAUGACAGAAUACCUUCGUAUGUCGGGAAUAUACUGGACGCUUACUGCUUUGGAACUAAUGAAUCAGUCUUCAAGAUUGCAAAAGGAAGAAAUUAUAGAGUUUAUCACAUCUUGUCAAGAUAAUGAAAGUGGAGGCAUAUCAGCCAGUAUUGGUCAUGAUCCACAUAUGCUUUACACUUUAAGUGCAAUACAGGUACUUGCACUGUAUGAUAGACUUGAUGCAAUUGAUGUUGAAGGUGUUGUGAGAUAUGUGGCUUCCCUUCAACAAGAAGAUGGCAGCUUCUUUGGUGACAAGUGGGGUGAAGUGGACACAAGGUUUUCCUUCUGUGCUGUGAUGAGCCUAUCCAUAUUACAUCGCUUAGAUGCAAUCAAUGUUAAUAAAGCUGUGUAUUUUGUUCUAAGUUGUAUGAACUUUGAUGGUGGUUUUGGUUCGAAACCAGGAUCUGAAAGCCAUGCAGGUCUCAUUUACUGCUGUGUGGGAACAUUAUCAAUUUGCAAAAGGAUGGACGCUUUGCAUGCUGAUGAGCUCUCCUGGUGGCUUUGUGAGAGACAGCUGCCUAGUGGCGGACUUAAUGGGCGACCAGAAAAACUUCCAGAUCUCUGUUACUCUUGGUGGGUCAUGGCAUCCCUGUCAAUGUUAAAUAGAAUACAUUGGGUUGAUAAAAAAAAUCUAGAACAAUUCAUAUUAGCAUGUCAAGAUGCUGAAACAGGAGGCUUCAGUGAUAGGCCUGGAGAUAUAACUGAUCCUUUUCAUACAUUAUUUGGUUUGGCGGGUCUAUCAUUAUUAGGAAAUACAAACAUCAAAGCUGUUAACCCUACAUAUUGUAUGCCACAAGAAACCAUAGACAGAUUAAAAUUGGAACCGCAAAUAUUACAGAUU